AAGCGUGGCAGGGGCUAAUAUUGAGAACAAUUUCAGCUUGACGUGUUUAGUGCUCAAGAGAAUGACUCCAGUUUUCAGCUGACUUCUUGGCCAAAGGUCCCGGAUGUCAUCAGCAGCAUAAGGCAGUUAUCUAAAGCUGUCAUGAAAGAGGAUUCCAGACCCAGCAAAGACAACGAGGAUGCCUUUUACAACUCUCAGAAGUUCGAGGUCUUGUACUGUGGAAAGGUGACCGUGACCUAUAAGAAGGCCCCCUCCAGCCUCAUCGACGACUGCAUUGAGAAGUUCAGCCUGCAUGAACAGCAGCGCCUGAAGAUCCAGAGUGGGGAGCCGGGGGUCUUGGAGGCAGAGGUGCCCUGUCCCUCUGCCGAUGUUCUGCUAGAGGAAGACGACGUAGAGCCCAGCACCCUCCCGGCCUUUCCCGCCGUUGCCAGCCAGCGAGGGGGCUUCCCAGAAAGGAUUUUGGAGGAUUCCGGUUUUGAUGAACAGCAGGAGUUCCGGUCUCGAUGCAGCAGUGUCACUGGAGUCCUGCAAAGGAAAGUUCAUGAGAGCAACCAAAAGCCACAGCCUCGAAGGAGACACGCCAGCGCCCCUAGUCACGUCCAGCCAUCGGAUUCGGAGAAGAACAGAACAAUGCUGUUUCAGGUUGGGCGAUUUGAGAUUAACCUUAUCAGUCCAGACACAAAAUCAGUUGUGCUUGAAAAGAAUUUCAAAGAAAUUUCUUCUUGUUCUCAGGGCAUCAAGCACGUAGACCACUUCGGCUUUAUCUGUCGGGAGUCACCAGAGCCUGGCCUGAGUCAGUAUAUUUGCUACGUGUUCCAGUGUGCCAACGAAGCUCUGGUCGAUGAAGUAAUGUUGACUCUGAAGCAGGCAUUCAGUACAGCAGCAGCCCUGCAGAGUGCCAAGACCCAGAUUAAACUGUGUGAGGCCUGCCCUAUGCACUCUUUGCAUAAGCUCUGUGAACGGAUUGAAGGUCUCUAUCCGCCAAGAGCCAAGCUGGUAAUACAGAGACAUCUCUCGACUCUGACAGAUAAUGAGCAAGCUGACAUCUUCGAGCGAGUCCAGAAACUGAAGCCAGUCAGUGACCAGGAGGAGAAUGAACUUGUGAUCUUACAUCUGAGGCAGCUGUGUGAAGCAAAGCAGAAGACACAUGUUCAUAUUGGAGAAGGCCCGUCGACCAUUUCAAACAUCACAAUUCCAGAAAAUUCAACAAGCAGUGGAAGAUUCAAACUUGACAUCCUGAAAAAUAAAGCUAAGAGAUCCUUAACUAGCUCCUUGGAAAAUAUUUUCUCAAGGGGAGCGAACAGGAUGCGAGGUCGUCUUGGAAGUAUGGAGAACUUUGAAAGGUCCAACAGUCUUGCUUCUGAGAGGGACUAUUCUCCUGGAGACUCUCCGCCCGGCACCCCGCCCGCCUCCCCGCUGUCCUCUGCGUGGCACACGUUCCCCGAGGAGGAUCUGGACUCGCCGCAGUUCCGAAGACGGGCGCACACCUUCAGCCACCCACCGUCCAGCACCCGGAGGAAGCUGCACCUGCAUGAGGGCCGGGCCCACGGCCUGCGCUCCCCAUUGCUGCGCCAGAGCUCCAGCGAGCAGUGCAGCAUCCUACCAUCAGGUCGGCGCAUGCACAAGGAGACUAAUUCUUCCUCCAGUCUUCCAAGUCUUCAUACUUCCUUCUCUGCCCCCUCCUUCACUGCCCCCUCUUUCCUGAAAAGCUUUUACCAGAAUUCAGGUAGACUGUCCCCACAAUAUGAAAAUGAAAUCAGUGAUGGAGAGGGGAGGAAGAGGACCUCGUCGACUUGCAGCAAUGAGUCCCUAAGCAUCGGCGGAACCCCGGUCACUCCUCGCCGAAUCUCCUGGCGGCAGCGCAUUUUCCUCCGGGUGGCCUCUCCCCUGAACAAAUCUCCCUCAGCAAUGCAGGAGCACGAUGGCCUGGACAGGAACGAGCUGCUGCCACUGUCUCCUCUUGCUCCAACCAUGGAAGAGGAACCCCGGGUUAUUUUCGUAUCUGGUGAAGAGGACCCAGAAAAGGUAGAAGCCAGGAAAAAAUCAGAAGAGCUAAGGAGUUUGUGGAGAAAAGCUAUACACCAACAGAUUUUACUACUUCGAAUGGAAAAAGAAAACCAGAAACUUGAAGCAAGCAGAGAUGAAUUGCAUACUAGAAAAAUUAAAUUGGACUAUGAAGAAGUUGGAGUAUGUCAGAAGGAGGUCUUAAUAACCUGGGAUAAGAAAUUGUUAAACUAUAGAGCUAAAAUCAGAUGUGACAUGGAAGAUAUUCAUACUUGUCUUAAAGAAGGAGUUCCCAAAAGUCGCCGAGGAGAAAUAUGGCAGUUCCUAGCAUUACAGUAUCGUCUGAGGCACAGAUUACCCACGAAACAGCAACCUCCGGAGACGUCCUAUAAAGAACUUUUAAAGCAGCUCACAGCCCAGCAACAUGCUAUUCUCGUGGACUUAGGAAGGACAUUUCCGACUCACCCCUACUUUUCGGCACAGCUUGGAGCCGGUCAGCUGUCCCUCUUCAACCUCUUAAAGGCGUACUCCUUGCUGGACAAAGAAGUGGGCUACUGCCAGGGCAUCAGCUUUGUGGCGGGGGUGCUGCUUCUGCACAUGAGUGAGGAGCAAGCCUUCGAAAUGCUCAAGUUCCUCAUGUAUGACCUGGGCUUCCGCAAGCAGUACAGACCUGACAUGAUGUCGCUCCAGAUUCAAAUGUACCAGCUGUCCAGACUUCUGCAUGACUAUCACAGAGAUCUCUACAAUCAUCUUGAAAACAAUGAAAUCAGCCCCAGUCUUUAUGCUGCUCCCUGGUUCCUCACAUUGUUUGCCUCUCAAUUUUCCUUGGGAUUUGUGGCCAGAGUUUUUGAUAUUAUCUUUCUUCAGGGAACAGAAGUUAUAUUUAAGGUGGCACUCAGCCUAUUGAGCAGCCAAGAAACACUGAUAAUGGAAUGUGAAAACUUUGAAAACAUUGUUGAGUUCCUUAAGAACACGAUACCUGAUAUGAAUACAUCAGAAAUGGAAAAAAUUAUCACCCAGGUUUUUGAGAUGGAUAUUUCUAAACAGUUACAUGCCUAUGAGGUAGAAUAUCACGUGCUGCAAGAUGAACUUCAGGAAUCUUCCUAUGCCUGCGAGGAUAGUGAGCCUUUGGAGAAACUGGAGAGGGCCAAUAAUCAUCUGAAAAGACAAAACAUGGACCUGCUAGAAAAAUUACAGAUAGCACACGCUAAAAUCCAGACCCUGGAAUCCAACCUGGAAAAUCUGUUGACUAGAGAGACCAAAAUGAAGUCUUUAAUCCGGACCUUGGAGCAAGAGAAAAUAAUUUAUCAGAAGACAGUGGAGCAAAUUCGGAAGCUGCUGCCAGCAGAUGCUUUGGCCCAUUGCGAAUCCCUGCUGAGAGAACUCAACUGUCCCCCUAACAACAAAGCCAAAAGCGGAAACAAGCCAUAAACCAAUAAGUGCCGUUCCUGCAAAAAAGGUCUUCAGAAGGCUGCUGAGGGAAGAGUCUGCAGGCUGCUGGCUUGAACUGGACCCAAGAGGCCAUGGAACCACUGAUGUCUGGUGCUGAGCACUGUCCUAGGCCACAGACGUUACUGUCAUUGGAGUGGCCAGUCCUAAGCCAUUGCAUAUACCGAGACUGGUUUUUGUGGUGGUGGCCGUGAGUGACUAUGUACAUAUUUAUAAAAUUCUUUGGACGAAAAGAAUUUGUGCUUUUCAGAUAAUAAAAGUACAUGUAUAUUUAGAGCUUUUUUUUUGUUAAGUGAAACUUCAUGACGUACAUCCAAGGGGAGUUAAAAGGGAAGUUCCCUCUUGGUCACAUGUAAAGUCAUUUUGUCUUCGUACUGAAACAAGGCUAGAGCAUCUUUAUGUAUUGAAAUAUACUUGAAGAACACGAAUGUAUUUUUUUUUCUCCAAAGAACAGCAUGUUUCACUCAGUGGUGGCUGAGAGAACUCAACUGAGUUCUCUGAGGUAACAUGAUGGGCAUGUGUCUGAAAGUCGGAAACAACUAAUUGCCAGUCAUGCGCCUUUGAGAUUUUCAGGAAAGCGGAGGCUUUCCUUCUCAACCUGCUUUGUGCCAACCAGCCUGUGGCAUCUACAUGCGUUUUGAGUCUAGUGAGACAUUAUUUUAGACAUGUGUAAGGAAAAAGUUAGACGUCACGACAAAUUAUCCACCCUGCUCAAAGAGAAAGAGAAUGUUGUUAAUUUCCUUGCAAAUUAGUCUCAUACUGUUACUCAAAGUAAAAUUAUAGGCCUCCAGUUUUUAAUUUAGGAUUGAAAUGGUCCAGAUCAUCUCUCUCACUUUCUAUUUAAAUUACUCCCACAAUUGUGAAUGAACUUCCCUUUACUUGGUGCCAUAGUUAGGGAGAAGCACUUCCCGUUUUUCCCUCCAAAAUGAGGAGUUCUUACUUUAGUGCUCUACCUUAAAUGAAGGAUAAGGACAUCAUGACUAGGGAAAUUAUGAUUUAGGGCAGAAAAAUUAUUAUUGGUUUUCUGAAGAUGGUAGGCAGUGUUGAAUAUUCUCUUUCUUUCUCUCCCUUCCUUCCUUCCUUCCUUCCUUCCUUCCUUCCUUCCUUCCUUCCUUCCUUUCUCUCUCUUUCUUUCUCUUUCUCUCUUCCUUCCUUCCUAUUUCCUUUCUCUUUCUAUCUCCCUUCCUUCCUAUUUCCUUCUCCUUCCACUGAGAGAAUCUAAUAAAUAAGCUCUUAAGCAUCGUCUCCUUGGAAGUGAAAAGUUAGGAGAACUGAAAUAUUUGAGAACAAAUUGUUGCAAUCCGUGGGAAGGAAAGGUCAAGAUCCUCUUACCCCUGUCCAAUUCUUCAUUUUGACACUCCUGUUCUUAGCUCACAGAUGGGACCUUCACAUAAGCUGCUGAGUAUAUGGAAGGAAAGUAAUAUUCAAAGUACACAGCAAUUCUCUAUUGUAGAAAUGGUUCUAUCACUGUGCCUCUGAAGGUUGGUGCCACAUUUUUGCCUUUUCAUACAAUAUUUAUCUUUACUGCUUUUUUGCAGUAUUAAUAGUAUCACCUGGAAUAAUUCGAUAACCUGGAACAAUUUUCUUCAAAGGGUAUAUGUUAUACACAAACUAAAAUUUAUCAUAACAUAGAAAGAGGAAAAGCUCUAAAGAUUUCAAGAAACCUCAGUGAGUAGACCACAGGAUCUGUAACCCGCUAUGUAUCAUUGCUCAAUAUAAAUGAAAUGACCUGUUACAAAUCAGCAUGCUGUCCAGGAAGUUCCUUACAAUAAAAUAAAGUUUUAUUAGUAAAAUUAGUAUAAUUCUUACAUUCUAGAAAAACGCUGGGAUUCUAGAUACCCCAUUCAUCUAGGACAAGCAAUUGAUAACUUAUUGCUUGGAAUUCCUAAAGAUUUCUCUAUUUGGAGAAGUAGUUUUCUACAGUAAUAUGACAAAUGUCAUCUUGUUACUAUCAUGUGCGAAAAUUAACUUGUGUGUUUGUCAUGAACUCUUCAAAUUGGGGAAAGAAACUUUGCCAUUUUUGCUGUUUGGGUUAGAAUCUGUUUAAUCUGGAUAGUCAGAGUCAACAUUAAGGGUUGUGUUUUGGUGUUAAGGGAUUAUGUGACUUGGAGAAAGUGUUUCAUUUGAUAUUUAAAUGUUGUGAAAGUUGUUGCAUCCUCAUCUGAUUUAUGUAAUGUUUAGCUCAUUUCCAAUAAAAACAUCGCUACAGUU